AUGGAAGCAGGUCAAGAAGGUCUGAAGUUGAUCGCCGGCCAAUCGGUGGGCACCGAGACGAUAAGAUGCGACAAUAGCCAGGCAUACUGCUACAACAUGUCCGCAAACGCAGCCGUCCUGAUCGACAUAGUCAAAGACAACAGGCUGUCCAGGGUUGGAAUGCGCAGCCCGACCGAGAGGCACGCCCUCAACACGAAAGAGCAAUUGGGCCAAGCAGCAGAUAGCACAAUUUCCAUGCGGUCGAUUUGGAUGAUGACACGCUCAACGGCACUGUUCGAGCAAUCGACAUCAGCUUAUGUCGAGUUGGACAAACUGUAA